UGUGCAGUAAGAGGUAACCUGGCAAGUGGUAGUGGCGCUUCUCGGGUGCUGUGUUUCACGCUUUGGUACUAAAGGCCGAGACUGUUCUGGCGACGGCGACCUCUACGGCAACGGCUUAAGCUCUCGGAGGAGUGGCAGAGUACGAUCUGAAGGAGGGGCUUCUGGUCAGCCCAGGUUCUAUCAUAAUGAAUGGAUCCAAUAUGGCAAAUACAUCACCCAGUGUAAAAUCCAAAGAGGACCAGGGGUUAAGUGGGCACGAUGAAAAGGAAAACCCAUUUGCAGAGUACAUGUGGAUGGAGAAUGAAGAGGAUUUCAACAGACAGGUGGAGGAGGAACUGCAGGAGCAAGACUUCUUGGACCGCUGCUUCCAAGAGAUGCUGGAUGAAGAAGACCAAGACUGGUUUAUUCCAUCACGAGACCUGCCUCAGGCCAUGGGACAGUUGCAACAGCAGUUAAAUGGACUGUCAGUCAGUGAAGGUCAUGAUUCUGAAGAUAUUUUGAGCAAAAGUAACCUGAACCCAGAUGCCAAGGAGUUUAUUCCAGGAGAGAAGUACUGAGCCGACAAAGCUUUGAGGAGGACUUGUCUGUCCCCACAUCUGGGGAUAGUAAUGCACAAAAUAGUGGAGCUGAAGAUGGGGAUGGGGCGGGUGAGGGACGCACAGCGGGAAAGGGAGUGGUGGUCUCACGAUACUGUGACUCUGAGUAACUAAUAUGCUCAGUCUUAUUCUACAAGCCUCUGAGUAUUUCUGUUUUGUUCUGCUGAUUUUUGUUUGGAGCAGUUUCCUGUUUUGUUUUUUUGAAUAGCUCUUUCAAGUUAAGGAAACUGCAUUUUCCCCCCUUCAUCAGGAGUGUUCUGCGGUGUGUGUUUAAACAAAAUAAGCUGACCAAGAAAAACUGGAUAUUUAGGAAAUGCCCCUCUCACCCUGCUGUAUACUUACCAAGGACAGUGAGCACCUGGAGAGCUUUUUGUGGAAUCUAUUGAAUUGGAUGGGAAAAGGGACAAGCAGAAAGAGCAGGUGGUGCAAACCAGAAUUUGAGGCUCAGCUCUCCCAUCGCUGGGGUCUCCUGCAAUGAACUGGGAUAACCAAUGCCCUGCCGAGCCCCUGCCUGUUUGUCCUGAACCCCAUUCAAGAAAACGCAGACUUACAGUACUUAGUUUACAGUAACUUUGAUGAUUGUUGAAAGUUGUAAAUCAGAAGCUGGGCUGUGAUGGUGGUUGUCACUUGAGUCAUUUAGUUACUGUUGUCCUGUUCAUAAGCCUGUGUUCACCAUCACCAUCAGACUCACCAUUUAUAAGUAGAAGAGCACUAUCAUUGAUCUGCCACCUCAUCUUUCAUGAAGUCUAUUCCCCGGCCUCCUUUCCACCCUAUCCUACUCUGUUUUUAAGAAAAGAUAUUGCUGCCAAAAGCAUAGGGGAGGCCUGGUGUGCUGGCAAUUAGCAUGAGCCUGCAGAAGUCAUCCUUGAAUCUGUUGUGUCUUAAUUUUAUUUGGACAGCUUUUUUUUUCCAGCCUCAUCAACACUUGGUCUUCCUGGUGUCUCAAUUCCCUCAGACAAGUUUAUGCACUUUUUAAAGGAAAUGUUUUUCAGGACACUAGUAAGAAGCUCAGUUCACAGUUUGGAUAUUUCUUCCCACAUUACAGAAUUUUGGAAAGGAACUCAAAACCAGCCUAGGAAAGUGAGUCCUGCUUGACCCAUGUGACUGUGUACCUGACCCUUUGGGAUCUUUUCAGCUAUUAAAACAUUUUACUGUCCCCACA